CAACAUAGUGAAGGGGAGGGUUUCAAAGAGCAAGAAAGGGUUGUUAAUCACAUGGAGAGAGAAGAAAGGAGAGUAGCAGGGUGACUUUCACCCUGCAACAGUCACUCCAGAGUACUCUGGUGAAGGAUCAAGAAUAUAACCAGUUUUCUGAUGAAGAAAAGAAUAUAUUUGAUCACCAGUAAUCUGCCUUUGACCAUCCUCUACGCCAAGUUUUUCAUCACUGUCUAGAAAAAUACUUCAGAGGACACAUAUGUCCUGUUUGCAUGUCUCCUUUUUGGGAGCAGUAGGAGAAAGAAACUUAAAGAUGUAGAAAGAAUUAAUAGUAUAAUGGAAAGAAAGAAGGCAAAAGGAAGUAAAUGUGGAGGCCAGAGAAAUAGUAAUAAGAAUAAAGAAGAAAACCAGGAAAAAAGAGGAGGGAAAGGCCAUAGAAAAUAAUAACCAGAGAGAGACAGAGGAGGAGACAGAGAGAAAGAGAGAGAGAAAAGCUGAUAAAUUCCUGAGAAAAGUUUCUCUCCUUAAGAAUUCUAGGUCAAGAAGUCAAAUAUGGCACAGAGCAUUGAAAGGAGGCAAUGGAUGCCCAGUGCAAGAUUCUGAAGAAACAGGAAUUCAGCCCGAUGGGAGUCCGAGUUCAUGUCGCGACGGCCUCUGCCCUGGUGCAUUGCAUCCUGCUUUCUGGGACGAGAUGCGAGGAAAACUGUGGUAAUCCUGAACAUUGCCUGACCACAGACUGGGUACAUCUCUGGUAUAUAUGGUUGCUGGUGGGAAUUGGUGCGCUGCUUCUGCUGUGCGGCCUGUCUUCCCUGUGCUUCCGCUGCUGCUGUCUGAGCCGCCAGCAAAAUGGGGAAGAUGGGGGCCCACCGCCCUAUGAAGUGACUGUCAUUGCUUUCGAUCACGACAGCACUCUCCAGAGCACUAUCACAUCUCUGCAGUCAGUGUUUGGCCCUGCAGCUCGGAGGAUCCUGGCUGUGGCGCACUCCCACAGCUCCCUGGGCCAACUGCCCUCCUCUUUGGACACCCUCCCAGGGUAUGAAGAAGCUCUUCAUAUGAGUCGCUUCACAGUAGCCAGGUGUGGUCAGAAAGCACCUGAUCUACCCCCAGUGCCUGAAGAAAAGCAGCUGCCUCCGAUAGAGAAGGAGUCAACUUGAAUAGUUGACUCUUGGAACUGAUGAGAGCUGCCAUUUUAUAAAUUGGGGUGGAGGUAUGUCCAGAGUCUGUGGGAAAAUGGAACACAUUCUUUUCUAACCCUCAGAAGUUUUAGGAUGGCAUCUAACACCAUCAUUCCAGGGAAAGAUGGUUCUUACUCUUCAUUCACAGGCCUUUAUAUCUUCCGAUACAGAAUGCUCUAAUUGGGAACUCUUAAUUUUUUUAUCCAAUGGUCAAAAUCUGCAAGUAAUCUCUAGCCACGCUGAUUACCACUAAACCGGGAAAACAUGAAGGUGUCUUGAAUUCCUUCAACUAUUGAGUGCGUAUAAAAUUCCUGUACCCACAUGAUACUGCCAGUUGCGUCUCUCUGUGUCAGCUAAUCCAUUGCGAUAAAGUGGAAAAGAAAGACAACAGUGUUAGCACAGCCAUCAACAUUAAUGCACUGAAUGCAUGCAUCUUUCCUUCUGAGACAGCAAUCAAUUUUACACCAAAUGACAAUGAUCAUCUUAGACAGUACAACAUACCCACCCGGAUAUCUAAAAGCUAGGGAUGGGAUUGCUGAUAUGGGCUAAAAGAACACAGUAUAGUAUUCAAGUGCCAAAUAUCAGUCUUUCUUUCCUCUGGGCCUGCUCCUCCGCAGUAUGAAAAACCAUACUCACAGAACCAUACUGUGCAGUAACAGUUGGAUUAAUUCUUCAGUUCCUCUGCACUGUAAACACAUACGUGUGCACACAUGCAUGUACACAUGCUGUGUACACAGUGUACAUACUGUGCAGUAACAGUUGGAUUAAUUCUUCAGUUCCUCUGCACUGCAGACACAUACGUGUGCACACAUGCAUGUACACAUGCACCCUGUUUUAACUCUAAAGGUUUAAAUAGUGUUGCUUUGCUUCUUUCCUGUUUUGCCUGGACCACUUAAAGCCACAACACUCUAGUGACUCACGCUAGUCUCUAGGGGUGGCCCUCACUGCCACCUAGUGGAGCCAUGGUAGAAAAUACGCUCUCUCCUUUGAGCCUAUCGGCAUGGCUUUCCAGUUCUUGGAGCAAAAACUAAAUGGUGAGCUAAGCCUGGAUGGAAUGAAUGCUUCCCAAGAACCAUGCCGCAGUGUAGUGCUAAUCUAUCCACAUAUCAUACCACCUCCCAAAGUAUUAUCGGAAAAUCGAGGAAGUGAUGCAUAUUUGGGGAAAAACUACUCACCUUAGAUAAGUCACUGAAAUCCUUCCUUUUUCUUUUUUUCUUUUCUUUUUUUUUUGAGAUGGAGUUUUGCUCUUGUAGCUCAGGCUGGGAUGCAAUGGCAUGAUCUCGGCUCACUGCAACCUCCUCCACCUCCCGGAUUCAAGCGAUUCUUCUGCCUCAGCUUCCCGAGUAGCUGGGAUUAUUGGUGCCCGCCACCAUGCCCAGUUAAUUUUUGUAUUUUUAGUGGAGAGGGGGUUUCACCAUGUUGGCCAGACUGGUCUAGAACUCCUGACAUCAGGUGAUCCACCCCCCUCGGCCUCCCGAAGUGCUGGAAUUACAGGCCUGACCCACCGCUCCUGGCCUGAAAUCUUUAAAGCAGUUUUCUCACCUAGAAAACAGGGAAUAAUAACACCUCAGAAGGUUGUUGUGAAGAUCAAAGAAGCUAAAUGUAUGCGGCAUAAUUUGUAAAGUGUUAUGCAUAUGUAUGUUAUUCUUCCUACUGUCAUCUAACCUUCCCUUGUCUGCUAUGAUUUUUCCGAGAGCUAUGUUCCCAUUUUUGCCAGCCAUGUUACUGUUGUCACACCUGAAGUGGCUUUAUGUUUAUCAAUAAAUACUUGUUGAUUGAGGUAAACAACAACAGA